AUGGCACUUUCGGAACCAAAGGCUAAGCGGCCAUGUCCAGUCCAUACAAAGGGGCUCCUCGAUGAAGAGGAAGAGGAUCGCCUUGCUAAGAAGCUACUUGGUGAUAUCCAUGAAAGAUUGGAGCAGUCAUCCUCAGACGACGACGAUGAUACAUGUAUAGAAGAGGAUCCGCGUGUGAGCUCGAGCUCAGUUUGGCGUGAUGAUGACGACGCUGCUGAUCAGGUUCAAAUUCUUAAUGGAAAAACGGCUGUACUUCUGAAACGUAGCAGCGACAGUGGUGGUUGUAUUGCAGCGGAAGAAUAUCAAAGUCGUCUUCGGAAGGCUUUUCAACGGCAACAGCAUGGCACACCUAAGUGGGCUAAGCUAGAACCAAAAAAGGACUCAGCCCAAAGCAAAGGUGACGAGUCGGAUGCCGAAGUGGAAGCAGUGUUCAAUGAGAUGACGCGAUCAUCUGUUCGAUACGUAGACAAGGAUCCUUUCCUAGUUAAAGAUGUUGUGUCUACAUUCCGCUGGCCAGAUAUCACAGUUGGAUACCACGACUCGCGACCGAUCAGCAGUGUUUUAUUCCACAAUGUCAGACCUGUUGUUAUAACAGGUGGAGCUUCUGGGAAAGUGCAGUUAUUCAGGGUCGGAGAUAGGUCAGAAGCGGGGAACUUCCUUCAGAACGUUCGAUUUACUAAUUUUCCCAUCACAUGUAUGGGCUUGUUGCAAGGAGGCUGUUCAGUAGUGUGCGGAUCAAUACGUCAGGAAUAUCUCAUGAAGUACGAUCUAGAACAAGGAGCUGUAAUGCAGUUGCGGCUUCCGAAGUGUGUACCUAGUCAAAACAUUGGACGUUUCGCCGUAUCCAAGGAUGGCUCUCUGUUAGCUAUGAUUGCUCGCAACGCACAAGUGUAUGUGUUGUCCUCGUCGUCCAUGGAACUGGUCAAAACAUUAUCUUCGCCUUCGGACGUGGCAUCAGUACAGUUCCUUCCUGGAUCCAAUCACGAAAUAUGGGCAAUGACAGAACGCGGUGAAGUUGUUAUUUGGAAUACAAAUGGAUCUCAACAUAUUUUCCGAGACGAAGGUGCUGUACGUGGUACGAAAUUACGCUUAAGUGCUGAUGGAAAUAAAGUAGCCUGUGGGUCAAAUACUGGUAUUGUAAACCUUUACGAUGUAGCUGAUGUCCGGAACAGUACUGAUCCGAAACCACGUGCGGUAGUGUCAAACCUUCUGACAUCAUGCGACUCGAUAGCUUUUAAUCAUGACUGCCAAGCAAUGGCGUUCAGUAGCAAUGUUAAAAAGAAUCAAGUGAAGCUAUUGCAUGUGGCUAGCGGUACUGUUUUCAAUAACUUUCCGAAGAAACAUGAGAAGAUGUCCAAUGUUGAGUGCGUUGAAUUUUCACCGCAUAGCGGUUAUCUGGGAAUUGGAUGUGGAAACGGUCAGCUAAUUCUGGAGCGCAUGCAGCACUUUGAGGACUACUGA